AUCGCACUCCACUCCACUGCUGUUGGCAUCCUUCAAAGGAGUUUCUGAGGACCGAGGUGGAAGCAGUUUCUGGUCUCACGCAUCUUGGCGCCGUUGUCUAUAUCUUCAGGUUCUUCGUUAGCUGGGUCGCAUAGGAUGGCUUUACAAGCGGUGCUCCAGGGUGGGCUCUCUCGGUUGUCCUUGAGUGACGCGGUAUGUAGCGCCCGAUCCCAGCGUCGCUCAGGCCCGCAGGAUCCAAGCAUCUACCAGAGGGCAUCAGUGCCCCUAGAAAACAUUGCUAGACAUGGAUGGGGCUCCUCAAGUGGCCAGUCAGCAAUGCUUCGAGAGGUGCAUCAUGAAGGAUGCGGCGUUCCUUGCAGUUUGUUUGGAAAACGGAGAAGGCAUGUGGGAAUAAGCAUGGCUACUGCUGCUGCCCCUGCCCCGGCGCCUUCUCCAACAGAACCAGAGGUGGAGCCUGAAGAGCAGCCCCGUGCGUUCCACAGUGUGGGGGAUGCCAUGACGCGGGGUGCGCUCAUUUGUGCUACGGUGGACACCACUGUUGAUGAAGCGCUGGAGUUUCUGGUGGACAACCGUAUCACAGGCAUGCCCGUGGUGGAUGACGCGGGCAAGCUGAUUGGCGUGGUGUCGGACUACGACCUGCUGGCGCUGGACUCCAUCUCAGGUCCCCCCCAGCAGGAGACCGGCCUCUUCCCCUCCACCAAGAGUACCUGGAAGGCGUUUAAGGAGAUUCAAAAGCUGCUGAACAAGACGCACGGCAAGACGGUGGGGGACGUGAUGACGCCCAACCCCCUUGCGGUGCGGCCCAUGACCAACCUCGAAGACGCGGCCAGGUUGUUGCUUGAAAGCAAGUUCCGCAGGCUCCCUGUCGUAGACCAGGCAGGAAAACUGGUGGGGCUUUUAACAAGAGGAAAUGUUGUCAGAGCAGCGCUCUUGUCAAGAAAGGCUGCAAGCUCUCGGCAGGGAGAUGCGGCUUUGAAAGGUGAUUAAUGCUCCAUGCUUUAUUGAACUGUAGUUAGCA